UCGCCAGGACCUCUGUGCUGCUGCGUGCGCGAACCAUGGCCAGCAACGUCACCAACAAAACAGAUCCCCGUUCCCUGAAUUCUCGCGUCUUCAUCGGCAACCUCAACACACUGGUGGUGAAGAAGUCUGACGUGGAGGUCAUCUUCUCCAAGUACGGGAAGAUCGUCGGCUGCUCUGUGCACAAGGGCUUUGCCUUCGUGCAGUACGUGAAUGAGCGCAACGCUCGUGCCGCCGUGGCCGGAGAAGACGGCCGGAUGAUUGCAGGCCAGGUCCUCGAUAUUAACCUGGCCGCCGAGCCGAAGUUGAACCGGGGCAAAGCCGGGGUGAAGAGAUCGGCUACAGAGAUGUACGGGUCAGUAGCAGCACCACCUUCUCCGUCCCCUCUAGUCAGGUCCUCUUUCGACUUGGAUUACGAUUUCCAGCGUGAAUACUAUGACAGGAUGUACAGUUACCAGGCCCGGGUUCCACCUCCACCUCCCAUUGCCAGGGCUGUGGUCCCUUCCAAACGCCAGCGGGUCUCCGGCAACACCUCCCGCCGGGGCAAGAGCGGCUUCAACUCCAAGAGCGGGCAGCGGGGAUCAUCCUCCAAGUCUGGAAAGUUGAAAGGAGACGACCUGCAGACCAUUAAGAAGGAGCUGACCCAGAUCAAGCUGAAAGUGGAUUCCCUGCUGGAGAGCCUGGAGAAGAUCGAGAAGGAUCAAAAGCUGAAGAACGACAAGUCAGAGGAGGAGCAAAGCAGCCUCUCGCUAAAGAAAGAAGAGAGCAACGUCAAGAUGGAGUCGGAGGCCGGAGCGGAUGACUCGGCCGAGGAAGGGGACCUGUUGGACGACGACGACAACGAAGACCGGGGAGAUGACCAGGUACGAAGCUGGCGGAGGCCGAGAGCCCGGAGUGAGGAGCCCGGCUUGCCCCGUUCGCUAACCGGCCCCCUGUGCCUGUCCCCUUCUCUCUCUCAGCUGGAGUCCAUCAAGGGGGACGACAAGGAGCCCGAAGAAGGAGAAGACGACAGAGACAGCGCCAAUGGCGAAGACGACUCCUAAGAGCCCAGCACACCACGCCGCUCCUCCCCCCACCUCCACCCGGCCAACACAACGUUCUUCUGAUAUUGAGCCUCCGGCCAGCCCCUUGCUGGCGGCCUCCUCACUGCCCCCCGCCCCUCCCACCGACCCCCUCGGCCCUGUGUGUUCAUGAUGUUGUGUCUUCUGUUGCAUACUCUCUCCCCCCCCCCCCACCCGCUCCCCGAAAUCUCCCCGGUAGUUCUGUUCAAUCCCAUGUAAUUCUCCUCUUUUAAUUUUGAUACCUCUUUAUUGACUUAACAAUUAAAAAAAAGGACGUAUUGUUUUUA